AUGGAAAGGCACGACGGGACAACGCAGCUCGAUGAGAGCAAACGGUGCAUCCCGAGCGAGAUACGAGCCCUCAGAGCCAAGCUACAAUUGGCACCCGCGCCCCGCCGAAGGGCUCCGGCGCCGAGGAGCCUCCCCGCCCCGCGGCGGUCUACCUGGCGGCCGGCGGGGAUUCCGCGCUGGCCCCGCCUCGGCGCCGGCCGGGAGGCGCCUCCCCUUGGCCGGCGGCGCCCGUUGUCCGGGCCGGCCGCGGCGCCAUGGCUGAGCGGGGCGGCGGCGGCUGGAAGCGGCACGUCCUCCGGCAGCUGCAGCGGCGCGACCGGGCGCAGAAGGCGCGCUUCCGAGACCUGGUGCAGGCCCGUUCAGGAUGAAGUCAUCUUGGAGGCAGAAAUCUCCUCCUCCAGCCCAGCCUCCUCCAUAAAAAAUCAAAAGGAUUCAUCAGAUGUGAUAUUUAGCAUCUUGGUGACGAUAAAGUCAUCAUGGAGGAGGAAUUCUCCUCCUCCUUCUCAAGCCCUGCCUCCUCCAGCAGAAAGGAAAAGGUUCCAUCAGAUGCCAUAUUUAGCAUCUUGGUCACGCCCAGUUUUCCAGCCUGUCGAGAUCAACCUGUAUCUUUGCUCUGGAAAUGAUGUCAUCGCGUAGGGCAUGGGAGCACUUCCCGCGAUUCGGGCUGCUCACCUCCCCGUGCCCAUCAGGCAGCCCUCCACGGGAGCCACCAGUGCUCCCACUGGCUUGGCGUGCUCCUCAGCUGCAGGACGGCCUCCCCAUCAGCACAGCAGUUGGCCAGGGCACUGCAGGUGGCCUUUUGCAGAACGCAGGCUGUCCUCAGCAUGGCGCUCCAGGGAGCCCCCCCCCCAAUUUUUUGUGCGCAGGGUGACUGCCCCUCUUGCCCACCCCCACACUACACCACUGCAUGGGGAGUGUGAGACCCCCCACUUCUGCUCUGGUCCCAUUCCCUUCCUGGCUGUUAACAUCUUGCUGGGAGAAGGUAUUGGAGCCAUUAGUGAAAAUUGCCUUUGGGGUCUGCUCUGAGGCAGGAUGUACCUUCCAGGUGUCGCCUGAGCAGGGUCAGGAGCUGGACCUAGCACUCGAGGUUGUCCUCUUGAGAACUGGCUGUCUUCCCAAGUCUUGGUUUCAGCAGGCUGGGAGAGAAGCGGCCCCAGAUGAACAGCUGGCCAAUGCUGGAGUUCCUGAGGCUGCUUGGCACACUGGCCAGGAUCCUGCAAGGAACCACCCCCGGUCCACUGCUUGAGCUGCACCCCAGGGUUGCGUCCAGCCAGCCUGGCCCUUCCCCUCCUCUGUGCCACCUCAGCCGGUGCCUUCUGCUGCCUGUGUCCCUGCAGACUGGGGGAGGUCCCGGGGGACCACAGGCCAGAGUCCUGCCGGGCAGAGGGCUGGCGACGGUCUCAGAGGCUGAUGGAGGGGGUUCCCUCUCAGGCCCUGGCAGGGGGUCCUCUGGCACUGAUGAGACGUCCUCGGGUGCCCUUGUGGAGCUGGGUCCUUCCUGGUCCCUCUGGCCCACGACAGUCCCUGACCCAGCAGCUGGGGCUCCUCCUCCGGGGAUUCUGAGUCCAUUGCUGAGCAGUUCCAAGGGGGUCGUGACGGCUGCCAGCUCUAGGUUGGGAAGUUCCUGGAGACUUGUGGGGAGGGAGCUUGGGGAGGGCAUGUCAUGUCUGUGCCCAUCCAUGCCCUUGUUUUAUGCUGUGCCUUGAUGUCAUAUUGCAAAUGCCAAUUUUUGCCUGCCUUGUAUUCACAGGCCUGCUUGAAAUCAAAAGUGUCUUAUCUCUUAUGAGAAUGCCUUUGAUGUCUCUCUGUGCCUCUGACCUUGCAGAUGUGCUGUUUCCGGGGGGGGGGGAAGAGAUGGAGUAACUGUGAUUCUUUGUCAUCUUUUGCCUUCCUGGUGUCUAGACAAAGCAUGAAAGCUAUUUGGGAAGUUCUCGUGAUCUCUUUGCGCCCAAAAGAUGUUUUGCUAAGGGGAGGGGUCAGUAGUAUUCUGUGCCUAUGUAACCAUUCCUGCCAACUUUCUGGUCAGCUGUGGACGUACCUAUGAACAUGAUUUGAUCUCUGAUUAAAGCCUUUUCACCCAA